AUGGCAGGGAAGAAUUAUACCACAGUGACAGAGUUCUUCCUGAUUGCUUUCACUGAACAUCCGGAGUGGGGGCUCCCCCUAUUCCUGGUGUUUUUGAGUUUCUACCUCUUCACCCUGCUGGGGAACGCAGUGAUGAUCGUCCUGAUCCGCAAAGAUCGCCGGCUCCACACCCCGAUGUACUUCUUCCUUAGCCACCUGGCCUUCGUGGACAUCUGCUACUCCUCCGUCAUCGUCCCCCAGCUGCUGGCCGUGCUGUGGGAACACGGCUCGGUCAUCUCGCUAGCUCGCUGCUCAGCACAGUUCUUCCUCUUCACCUUCUUUGCUUCCAUCGACUGCUACCUGCUGGCCAUCAUGGCCUACGACCGCUACGUGGCCGUCUGCCAGCCCCUGCUCUAUGUCACCAUCAUGACGGAGAAGGCGCGCUCGGGCUUAGUGGCCGGGGCGUACGUGGCUGGCUUCUCCAGUGCCUUUGUCCGGACGGUCACCGCCUUCACACUCUCCUUCUGCGGAAACAGUGAGAUCAACUUCAUUUUCUGCGACCUCCCCCCGCUGUUGAAACUCACGUGUGGGGACAGCUACACGCAGGAGGUGGUGAUUAUUGUGUUUGCCCUCUUUGUCAUGCCCUUGUGCAUCGUGGUGAUCUUGGUGUCCUACCUGUUCAUCAUCGUGGCCAUCCUGCAGAUCCGCUCUGCGGGGGGCCGGGCCAAGACCUUCUCCACCUGCGCCUCCCACCUCACGGCGGUGGCCCUCUUCUUUGGUACACUCGUCUUCAUGUACCUGAGAGACAACUCGGGCCAGUCCUCAGAGGAAGAUCGUGUGGUGUCGGUGCUCUACACCGUGGUGACCCCGAUGCUGAACCCCCUUAUCUACAGCCUGAGGAAUAAGGAGGUAAAAGAGGCUGUUAGGAAAGCCCUGAGCAGGCCAAAGACUUCUUUGAGGACUUAG